AUGGAUGAUCAGGAUACGAGCGGACAGACAUGGACCCGAGAUCUCGUGCUGGAGGACUGGCAGAAGGCUAUGCAGAUCGCCCAGGGGAAACUUUUAACCAGCAGUACCAGAAUUCGCCGAUUGUUUUUGCAGGAGGAACUCUUAUGGCUUGCGACUAAUGGAGGACUGAGCCUGAGGCAGAUCAUGGAUAUUUUCAAACUCCUCACACAAACAUACCCCCGAUACGUUGAUUCCGCCUCCCGCGACGCCGUCGAGGAAGUGGGAAUGGCGCUGAUUGAGAAGGAUGAGACAGCUGAUGCUGGCCAAAAGAUGGGUGUCACAGAGCAGGUUCUAGGGUGGCUUGCGAAUGAAGUGUCCCAGAUAGCUAAGCGUGGUUCACCAAGCACAUAUGCCCCUGCAGAUAUUUUCGUUCUCUUGAGCUGGGCAUGUGGCCUUUAUGCGACAUGUCUGCGAUUCUCUCCUGACUUUACAUCUUCCUCUCUGUGGAGAGUGCUCGUCGAGAUCUUUGCGACGCUUCUUGAUAUGCAGCUGAACCACUCUACGCGAACAAAACCAACUAUGCAGAAAAGUGCCCUUGUCCGUACGCGCAGAGCACUCCGGUCUGCACCGGAAGUGCUUCCCGCUCUCAUGACAACACUGACUGCACAGGCAAAGUCUAGCCAAGCUCCUCUCAUACAGAUUUCGUUGUUGAGCACUGCUGUGGAUGUGACACUUCGCCUGAAAAAUGUGAAGGACGAAUCGCUUACCCAAAUCCCUCCUGCAAUCAAGGAUGCCAUUCUCGAUCUUUACACCACUUGCGUCGUGAUGUCCAAAAAUCCCGUUCCAUCGCACUCUUCUAGUGCGCUUCAUGAUUUCAUAGGGACUUGUAUAACCCCGAGCGAUCUAACAGCAACUGUGUUACCAACUACGGAGAAGGCCCUUUUACGAUCACCAGAAUAUUCACUAAGCGUGAUCGCAGACUUCCUACUCGCGUACUCUCACACCCUCGACUCCACCACAUUCAAAAAACUCCUCACUGCCUCCUUGAACUCUGCCAAGUCCAAUAACCCUGUCGUGCGCACGAAUGCCACGGGGCUUUUUAAGGUUUUAAUCUCCAAGGACAUUGACUCCACCAACGCCAAUGCGGCUCUCACGGAUGUUUUGGCGCUUCCCAAGGCUGGUAAAACUACUGGCCCUGAGCAUCGGCUCACGCUUUAUGCAAUGCUAGCCGCGAUGCCACCAAGCGCUGCAGUUUCGGUCACUGUAGUGCAGAAUGUACCUCUGUUGCUCGUGAAGGAAACGAAUGAUGCGGCUGUUGGGGUACUGGCGUCAAUUAUGGCCAUUCAUCUCACUUUCAUCCUCAAGGCAAAUAUUGAAGCGCCUGCAGACACGACGACUAUGAUUGCGAAGGAGAUAACCAAUCCGAAGCCCGUUAUUAGGAGAGCCUUUGUAUCGAUCACUGGGUCGGCGCUCUGGAACGCUGACACGGUGGACACUGACGCUGUCUUCGCUUUUUCAUCGGGAGUAACAAGUGCUCUUGAGACGAACUUGAAGAUUGUGACCGCGAAUCCUCUGACUGCGGCAGUGGGUCCAUUAGAGGGAUAUAUUGCCCUUGCUUUGCUCAUGGGUCCACUAGCAAAUACGGGAAAGUUCAGCGAUAUCGUAGCCCGCAAUGCAUCUAUCGAAGUUCUCACUGGCACACAGGCCAAGCCGUCAUUCAUGAUCUCGGAUAAAAUAUACCAAAAGCUGACAGACGCAGGAGACGAAUUGUGGCUACUGCGUGCUGUGAACCUGUCUCUUUUCCGCCUGAAGAACGAACUGGGUAAAAGCGAGCAUUUACGGUUGCAAAUCGGCUCCGUUUUUGUUCAUCUCUCCAUUCACUCGCAGUCAUCUGAGGUUCGCAGAGCAACAAUUCAGACUAUUGAAGCCGCUGUUGCACUCCUGCCACAGCUCGUCAGUUUGAUCCUGCGUGAAGCGCUGACAGUGUCUUUGAUCAAAGAAAAGUCGAGUGCCAUCAAGAGCGUACCAGUCAGAGAGGAGGCUGAAAAACCUGUAGACAAGCAGCGAAGGUAUGCAGCACUGCUACUGUCCUGCGGCGGUAAGGAAGAGGCAGCUGCAGGAGAGAAAGACGAACAACUGGUAGACCUUAUCGUCCUAGCGCAUCACUCUGCUAUCUGUCCUCCAUCCCGGCUGCUAUGGAUUGAGUUGUGUCAGAAGGCUAGCGUAGACCCGCAUAAUUUAAUUUCCCGGCGUGUUGAUCAGGCGAUGACGAGCAUUUUGACGGCAUCUGCCAUCGAUUCGAAGUUUGGCUUUGCAGAUGCGAGCUAUCAAGCAACCAGCACAUUGGCGUUUGUUUGUCCCGAAAAUGUAUUACCGAAGGUUACAGAGCAGUUACGCGCUGACAUUAACUCUUCGACUAUUAAUGCCCUAUCCGAGGCUGAAUUCGGUAUCUGGGAAACACCAGAAGGGACAACCUACGUCGAUGUUCUCUCCUCUCAAAAGUCCGAGGAGGGUCCCAAAAAGGGAAAAGACGCUGACAUUGCCCGCUGGGAGGCCGAACUUCGUAAAUCGCUUGCGAACAAGAAGGGUGCUGCGCCAGCUACGCUAUCGAAGCAAGCUCAAGCGCUCGUACAAGCACAGCUGGACAAGGAAGCAAUUGUGCGGCAGCGAGUCACCACUAUCAAACUCAAUCUGCAACGAGGGCUUUCCUUUGUUCAGAGUUUGGCGUCCAUCAAUGUCCCCGAGUUGCGUAUGUACGUUUCGGUCAUUUUAUCGCUCUUGUUGGAAGGAGCUAUGGGUCAGGGAACAAGGCUUGUCGGGUCGCAAGCAUUUGAAGCGUACUUAGACCUCGCCAAAUGCUGCUCAGCACGUUUGGACACGUUCCGUAAGUGGGUUGGUGUGGCCACAUUGCGAAGCCUUGAGAUAGCAUCGGUACCUGAGGAACUGAGGGCUGAACGACUGAGCUCUCUUGUGCUACGCGUUCUUUACCGCCUGCGAUCGCUGUCAGAGCAAGCUCCAUUUGAUGCUGCAACUUUCUCCUAUGCAUUCCCUCUCCUUGCGCAGGUGUUGCUGAAGGGUGGUGUAGACGUUGGGGAAGAUGACGACGACGAAGCACUUGAACAAGUCACUCUCGUGCUUGACAUCAUCAAGUUUCACUGCACCGAAUUUUCGGAUGCAGCAUUUCCCCGCAAAGCAACCAUGGAGCAUGUCAUUCACGUCAUUAGGCACCAGCCGCGACUUAGCAAGGAAGCCUCAUCUGUUCUCAUUGACCUCGGAGAGGCUGUGCAAUCGAAUGCGACCCGCGAUGAGGUUGGUGUGCUUAUUAAUGGCACACUAUUACAAGAGGUCUAUGUCAGGAACGGUUGUCUGCAGGCGAUCCAGCCAUUCGACUUGACCGAUCUCGAUUGGUCUCCGCAACUUUGGAUAGCCUGCCACGACGAUGACGAACAGAAUGCCCGUCUCGCGAACCACGUGUGGGAAGAUAACGGCCUGGAUGUGCCAGAAGAUUUCCUUGAUAAGCUCAUGAACUAUCUGGAGCACAACAAUGCGUACGUGCGAACUAGCGCAGCAUCGGCAAUUGCGGAGGCCGUGAUAUAUUGGCCUCGAAAGAGUGCAUUGACCGUGGCUGCUCUGCAAGACUUUUACCGAGAGAAGGCCAAGAUCCUUGCACCUGAGUUCGACGAAUAUGGCAUGGUUAUUGCUUCCAGCCUCGAUCGCUCCGAUCCCUGGGCUACCCGUGUGGCAGUUGCCCUUGCAUUUGAGCACUUGGCUCAAUCAUUCACCGAGGAUCAGAUCGAACCAUUCUUCGUAUUCUUGGUUAAGGACGAAGCACUAGGUGACAGGUCGCCGGAUGUGUGCCGUGGCAUGCUUCGGGCUGGAACAGCCGUCAUCGACAUUCAUGGCUCGAAACGGCUUGCGGGUCUACUCUCAACUUUUGAAGAACAUCUAGCUGGCCCGAGUCCCGCCAACGAAACUGGAGAUCAAAUCAAAGAGGCCGUCGUCAUUUUGUUCGGACGUGUCGCCAGGCAUCUCGAUGCCUCAGACCCACGUAUUCCCAUCAUUGUAGACCGAUUGGUCGAAGCACUCAAGACACCAGCAGAACAAGUCCAAAUAGCUGUUUCUGACUGCCUUGUCCCCCUAGUAAAGCUCAUGGGUCCAGGCGUUCGCAAACUUGUUGACCAUUUGUUCGAGGAACUCUUUAAUGGAUCGAAAUACGCUAGUCGACGGGGAGCUGCCUAUGGUCUUGCAGGUACCAUCAAGGGUUUGGGAGUGGGCGCCAUGAAAGAAUACGAUGUCAUCAACCACCUCCGGACAGCUGCCGAGGAUAAGAAACGAUUCGAAACGCGUCAAGGUGCAAUGUUUGCAUUCGAAACUCUGUCAAAUACGCUCGGUCGACUCUUCGAGCCCUACAUCACGUUUAUGCUCCCCAUUCUGCUAACCGCGUUCGGUGACACGACAGCAGAUGUACGCGAGGCUGCUCAGGAUGCGGCAAGAGUAAUCAUGGGAAAUAUGUCUGGAUAUGGCGUCAAGCUCAUUCUCCCUUCCUUACUGUCUGGUUUGGACGAGAAACAGUGGAGAUCCAAAAAGGGUUCCAUCGAAUUGAUGGGUAUGAUGGCUUACUGCUCGCCCCGACAACUAUCACUAUCACUGCCCAUUGUCAUUCCACGCCUUACUGGUGUUCUGACAGAUACGCAUGCUCAGGUCAAAGCUGCGGCCAACAAGAGUCUGAAACAAUUUGGAGAAGUCAUUAAUAACCCUGAAAUCCAGGCCCUUGUUCCGACGCUGCUGAAGGCGCUUGUGGAUCCUGCGAAGACGACAAACGCUUUGUCAGCCCUCCUGAAGACAUCAUUCAUGCACUACAUCGAUCACUCCUCUCUGGCGCUGGUCAUACCGAUAAUUGAGCGUGGAUUGCGGGAACGAGGAACAGAGGGUAAGAAGAGGGCCGCUCAAAUUGUUGGAAAUCUCGCAUCUUUGACGGACUCCAAGGAUUUCGUUCCGUACUUGUCUUCACUCUUGCCCUUGGUGCACGUCGUCCUGGUUGAUCCCGUGCCAGAAGCACGCGCGACUGCUGCCAAGGCGCUCGGGACACUUGUUGAACGUCUUGGAGAAGCACACUUCCCCGACGUUGUUCCCGGGCUUUUGAGAACACUCAAGACCGAUACUUCGGGUGUUGAUCGGCAAGGUGCGGCUCAGGGCCUCAGCGAAGUACUGUCCGGACUCGGUAUGGAGCGACUUGAGGGCCUUCUCCCUGACAUCAUCGCCAACGCUCAGUCCCCGCGGAGUACAGUCAGGGAAGGUUUCAUGUCUCUCCUCGUGUAUCUACCUGCCACCUUCGGCGCUCGAUUCCAACCACAUUUGCCGAAAAUCAUAUCCCCCAUUUUAAGCGGACUGUCUGAUACAGAAGAGUACGUUCGCGAAGCUGCUAUGCGAGCAGGGCGGAUGAUUGUCACCAAUUACUCCACCAAGGCGAUUGACUUGCUCCUGCCUGAGCUUGAGCAGGGCAUGUUCGAUGCCGGCUGGCGCAUUAGGCAAUCUUCGAUUACCCUGGUUGGAGAACUUUUAUUCAAGGUAUCAGGUAUCAGUGGAAAGGCUGAAGUUGAAGACGAAGAAGUAGUUGCCGAAGCUGCAGCUGCAGAAUCUUCUCGCCGCGCUCUCACAGAGGUUCUUGGAGAAGAACGUCGCAACCGUAUUUUGUCGGCAUUAUAUCUUGCAAGACAAGAUGCAGUCAACGUUGUACGUCAGUCUUCCAUUCACAUCUGGAAGGCACUUGUGCACAACACGCCUCGCACUGUACGCGAAAUUCUUCCGGAGCUGGUUGGUCAGUUGGUGAAACUUUACUCCAGUCAGGAGUUCGAACAGCAAGAGACUGCUACUCGUACCACGACAGAACUAAGUCGCAAGUCUGGCGAAAAGGUUCUGGGGGAAAUUUUCACAAUUCUUCAUGCCAAGUCGCAUUCUCCUGAUAUAUGUACCCGUGAAGGCGUUUGCCUUAUGCUGUGCGACGUCAUGGAGAGUACAUCCGAUGCGCAACGUGAGGGUCAUGAAAAUGAGAUUAUCAACAUGGUUCGCACCUCUCUUGUGGACGAUGACGCUACGGUACGUUCGGCGGCCGCGAAGGCAUUUGAUGUACUUCAAGAGCAUCUCGGCGCAAAAGCGAUUGACCAGACGAUCCCCACCUUGUUGGAAGCUUUGCGUCAGCCUGGUGCAGGCUCUGACACUGCACUUCAAGCCUUGAGGGAGGUCAUGUCGGUCCGCGCGUCUACUGUGUUCCCUGUUCUCAUCCCAACCUUGAUUGCCACACCUAUGACGGUUUUCAAUGCCAGAGCUCUGGCGUCUCUUGUCACCGUUGCUGGAAAUGCCUUGAGCAAGCGCCUGAUCGUCAUUCUUGGAGCAUUAGUGAAGGUUUUAGAGGGAGGCCAAGAUGAUGAACUACGGAACGCUAUUGAUGAGGCCCUGCGCGCACUUUUGGCCUCAAUAGAAGACCCGGAAGGGUUGAACACUUUGAUGUUGCUCCUUCUUGGAUGGGCCAAGAAUGAUGCGCCAAAACGUCGGAUUAGUUCCUGCAAUCUCUUUGCAGUGUUCUGCGAGGAGUCUGAUCUCGAUUCUUCGUUAUACCGCAUUGAUUGGGUUCGACAACUUGUUUCUCUCUUUGACGACCAAGAGGUUCCAGUCCACACUGCUGCUUGGCAGGCAUUUGAUAUAUUCGUCAAGUCGGUGCCCAAGGACGAGCUAGAGUCCCUCGUGGUCCCCCUGCGUCGGACGAUCGAGAGUACUGGUGCACCUGGCCGUUAUGUUCCUGGUUUCAGCCUGCAAAAGGGCGUGGCACCUACCGUCCCUAUCAUUAUUGCUGGUCUUACGACUGGCAGCAACGAGCAGCGCGAAAAUGCAGCCUACGCUAUUGGUGACUUGGUGGAACGGACAGAGGAGUCUGCUAUCAAACCUUUCGUAGUGCCAUUCACUGGGCCCCUCAUUCGUGUUGCAACACAGGCCACCACAUAUCCCCCUGGUGUGAAGACUGCCAUCAUCAGUGCACUGGCUUCCAUGCUCGAGAGAAUUCCUGGUCAUGUUAAACCGUUCUUCCCUCAGCUUCAGCGCACGUUCGUCAAGGCGAUCAGCGAUGCAUCCUCCGCCGUCGUACGAACUCGUGCAGCAGAUGCUUUGGGGAUUCUUAUGCGCAGCCAGCCAAGGGUGGAUCCCGUUGUCACGGAACUUAUCACUGGUGCAAGAUCCAGCGAUGAGGAGAUUGCUGCCAGCUUCGUUCUUGCAUUGUCGAACGUCGUGAAGAGUGCCUCCGCGCACGGUGGUAUCGGAGAUAAGGCUAGAGAAUCGUGUAUUGAACUUGUGAAUGACGCAUUCCGGGAAACACACGAGGGUAGUGCAUACUUGAUCUCUGGAACACCUCCAUCAACGCUAGCAUCGCAUAUCAUUUUGGCCGUCCUAGCUCCCGAUUCAGACGACUAUCUAGAGCCAGCGGCAACGUUGUUCGCCAAACUCGGGCUCUUGCGCAGCGUGGCUCUGAAGGUCAAAGAAAGUGCUGCCAACGAACGCCCCACUAUAUCAAGACCUGCGAGAGAAGCCAGAGAUAUCUUGAAAAACUAUGGUGGCAGAUGA